AUGUCUUCAUAUCCUUCAACGUCAUCAACACAGAGUGCGAUACGUUCAUUGAUAUUCUCGUCAAGUUCAAUAGCUACGGCACCAACAUUGCGUCAAGUAUUUGCACGACAAAGCAACAAAAAGAGCAAAAAGAUGCCGGUUCCACGUCCUCAUCCGUCUUCCCCAACUUUAUCCACGCUGCCGCUGUCACAACACUCGACCGUAUCCAAUGACACAACAGCAACCAAAAAAUCCACUGACCAUAAAAAUAUCAAAAAUUCAUUAAAACGAUUCAAAUUAUUCCGCUCAAAAAGUAAAAGAUCCUCGAAAAUCUCUUCCGUUUUACCACCCAUGGCUGUCCCCAUAUUAGUUCCGUACGACAUUGUAGACGACGACGUAUCGUCUAUCUGUUCCGAAGUUACAAGUGUUGAUCUGCGAACAUGUUCGGUUCCUAAUUUGCAUAUCUCGGUUUAUUCGGAUGAUUCACCGGCGCUGUCAGUGACCGGAUUUAAACAUCACAGUGUACAAACCGAGACUUUACUUGAAGAGGAUGAAGACGCGAUAAAUGAGAUGGAAAUCUUGGACAAUGACGAAUCCGAUGAUGGUUGGGAGGAGAAAAAUUAUGAAAAAUUGGCUGUUCCCAUUCCAAAUUCAUUGCGUCGAUCUUCUUUGCCUGUUCCAAUGACUUCGUCACCAACAUUUAAUCAAAUCACUACGACGACGUCUCAUAAUAAACGUCAUCAUCGUGCAAUGUCAUUGCCACAAUCCUCAAUCCAAGAUUUGCCAAAGAGUUUGUAUCAUCGUCAACCAACCCCAAGUGAAAGCUGGGACGAUGAUUUCGAUCUGAUAAAUAUGCCAGAAGUUCAAGUUCCUUUGUUGGUCGAAGAAACUCAACUUUCUAUACGGUUUGAUAUCUCUAAUAUUCGUGAUUUCACAACACAGGUCGAAGAACUGAAAACGUUACGAACUAGAAAAAUGAAACUAGCAUUAAACCUUCAAUCUCGAGUUCCAAGCACCAGAAAGAAAUGGAAGCACGGAUUAGUUCGAAACGACGAAGUAAAGACAUUCAAAAAACUCGAAGAGACAUUCAAAUCUGAUUGGGAAGAAGCCAAUGUAAUUAUCGAGAUUUCGGAGGCUGCGCGAGAUCAGACGCCGACUUUUAAUGGCGGAAAAAGCGUGGAGCUUGGUAUUGAUCAAAUUCCCUCUGAACGGCAUUUGACCAUUUUACGAAAGAUAAUUGACGAGCAGCUGGGGAAUAGUGUCAGCAUUACUAGUAGUGAUGAUAUUAACAAUCCCAGAAGCUUAUUUCAAAUUGAUUUCGAGGGUAAUAACGACAACAAUGAAAAUACAAUUAACAACGAAGAGAACAAAGAGAAUCAAAUGAUGGGUAUUAUGUCAUCAUCAUCACCGACCUUUGACGAAAUCAAUAUCAACAACUCCACCAAUGCUGUUGCUAAUUCAUCCAAAAAAGUUAAGCCUGAAUGCAAUGCAUGGAAUAGUUUCUAUGGACUGAAACGUAAUAAUAGUGGGCAAGUAAUUGGUAAUGCUGCGAAAAAGAAACGACGCGAAAAUGUGCGAAUAUCUGUGGACGAAAUGCCAAGUCUGAUUGAACAUUUACGUAAAUUGCAAGAAAGAUUAUCGAAACACGUUGACCAACUGUCUCAGUUGAGAACUGUAUGA